UGUGAUUCGCCUCUCCUUUAUCUGCUGUGGGACUCCCCCUCCUCCUCUCCGCUGCGCCUCAAAAGCGCGAUCCAUGGUGCAAAAGCCUCCUUUUCUCCGUUUUCCUGCAGGAUGGCAUUCUUCAAAUAUCUUCGCUCUGUUAAGAAUGGGCUUAUCCUCUUCACAACUCCAUUUCUUCUUCUUCCACUGCCUUUAGUGAUCGGGACAUCGGAGGCAGAAUGUGCCUAUGUGAUAAUCCUGAUGGCAGUGUACUGGUGCACAGAGGUGCUACCACUGGCCAUAACAGCCCUCCUCCCAGCCCUCCUUUUCCCCUUGUUUGGCAUCUUGGAAUCCAAGGAUGUGUGUAUGCAGUACCUGAAGGACACAAACUUGCUGUUUGUGGGGGGGCUGAUGGUUGCGGUUGCUGUGGAGCACUGGAAUCUGCACAAGCGCAUCGCCUUGAGGGUGCUGCUCUUUGUCGGUGUGCGCCCAGCGCUUUUGAUGUUGGGUUUCAUGGGUGUGACAGCCUUCUUGUCCAUGUGGAUCAGUAACACGGCUACCACAGCCAUGAUGGUGCCUAUUGUCCAAGCAGUGCUGGAACAGCUCAACAACAGUGAGGCAGAAAUGCCUCAGAUCCUCAGCUCAGAGGAGCAGGUCCAGACAUCAGAGAGUGACAGCAAACAGCCUCCACAGACAGAGAAACACAGUGAAGCCCAAGGCCCAGUGGUGGUGACUUUCUUAGAUGCCACAGUGGAGGCUGCCAGGCAUAAGGAGGCAGCGGAAAGGCGGAGAAUGUGUAAAGGGAUGACCCUAUGUGUUUGCUACGCUGCCAGCAUCGGAGGCACCGCCACACUUACAGGAACUGGUCCCAAUCUGGUGCUCAAGGGCCAGAUGAACCAACUCUUUCCUGAGAAUGGAGAUGUGAUUAACUUUGCCUCCUGGUUUGGCUUUGCCUUCCCUAACAUGAUCCUCAUGCUCACGCUAGCCUGGCUUUGGCUGCAGUUUGUCUUCAUGGGAUUCAACUUUAAGAAGACGUGGGGCUGUGGAGCUGUGAAGACAGAGAAGGAGAUUGCUGCCUAUAAUGUGAUACGUGAGCAGCAUCGUAUGCUGGGGUCCAUGUCCUUUGGAGAGAUCAAUGUCCUUGGUCUCUUCAUUCUGCUGGUGGUGAUGUGGUUCACAAGGGAUCCAGGAUUUGUUGAUGGCUGGGCGACUCAUGUCUUCAACUCCAAAGCAGAGUAUGUGACAGAUGCCACCGUGGCAAUCUUCAUUGCUGUCCUUCUCUUUGUUCUGCCUUCCAAACCCCCACAUUUCUGUUCAUGGAGGACUCAAAGUUUCGACACAGUAUCCCAUCAAACUGUUGGCCCAACUCCACCUCUGCUCACCUGGAAAGUUGCCCAGAAGAAGUUACCAUGGGGCAUCGUGCUUCUUCUUGGAGGAGGUUUUGCUCUGGCCAAGGGCAGUGAAGAAUCAGGACUCUCAAAGUGGAUGGGUGAUCAAAUGACUCCCCUUCAAAAUAUCCCUCCCUGGGCUAUUGCUAUCGUUUUGUGCCUACUGAUUGCUACCUUCACUGAAUGCACUAGUAAUGUAGCCACUGCCACCCUCUUCCUACCUGUCUUGGCCUCAAUGUCUCAGUCCAUUGGGAUCAAUCCAUUGUACGUCAUGGUGCCUUGUACUCUGAGUGCCUCAUUCGCCUUCAUGCUGCCUGUUGCUACGCCUCCAAAUGCCAUCGUCUUUUCUUAUGGGUACCUCAAGGUCGCUGACAUGGCCAGAACAGGAAUAGUCAUGAACAUCAUCGGCAUCCUAUGUAUUACACUGGCCAUUAACAGCUGGGGCAAGGCCAUGUUUAACCUGGACUCCUUCCCUGUCUGGGCCAAUGUCACUGGGGUGUGAGCCUGGUUCUGCCACAGGAGAUGAUCCAUGCACACCCUGCCCUCCCUAUCCACAUGUGCCACACAAAGAUCUCUGGUCAGAGCAGCAGCACAGGACCACACGGUGGACUGCAUGUGUCCGAUUGCUGUUAGGACACAAGCUCCACAAGGCUUGUUUUCCCCUGAGUAUUGCCUGUGAAAGAAAGCGGUGAAGAAUAUGAUUGGGAAGGAAGAAGAGUGGUCUAAGAAUGAAAUUAAAAUCUUUUUUUUUCAACUUACAUUUCAUCCUAAUGAAGCUAUAGACCCUUUAUGCUCAUAAAGCAGUAUGACAGAAUUCAUAUGCGUAGCCUAUACGUAUUUAUACCCUUAAAUAGACACACCGUUAUCCUACUGAGCAGUCAGUUCUAGAGACACCAUUCAAUUCAACUCUUUUUUUAAAUCAAGGGAAUAUAACCAAAAGGAAGAGCUCAUGAGAUCAAAGAUGUUUUACAUAGUCACAUCUUAAUAGCAAUAAGCCAUACUGUAUAACAUAAGAACAUACUUUCUCACAUUUACCCAAGUCCAGCACUUAAGUAUGUAUAUACUUAAGUAUAAGAUUAACAUUUUAUGCCACUUCUGCUUUUACUUAACUACAUUUAAGAAGAAACAUUUUUUAAUUAUCUGACAGCUGUAGUUACUAGUUACUUUUCAUAUGAAGAUUUUAUAUUGAAAACACAUGUUUUUGUAAAAUGUGGUUAAUUGUUACAGAUUGUUACGUUGUUAAACGACCCAACUGCAUACAGAGUUGUUAUAAUUAGCUCCACCUCAACCACAUACAACAUUAAAACUCUGUGUAUAUGUUAAUACAUUACUAAAAAUCCAGUAAAAUGACACAUUAUAAUAUGAAAAAGGCAGUCCUACUGCCUACCUGUAUGCUUUACUUUUGAUACAUUUUUGUGUCAGUAUUUCUUGACUUUCACUUAAGUAAAACAUUGAAUGCAAGACUUUUUCUUGCAAAGGAGAAAUUUUACCAUUAUAGUUUUACUGCUUUUACUUAAGUAAAGUACUUCUUUCACCACCAACUCUAUUAGCACUGAGUUUUACAUACACAUCUCCCAAAACCAAUAGAUAAUUGGCUAAUAUGUACAUUACAGCAGAAAUCUGACUACAAGUAAACACUUACGUUUGUCUAUUUGCAUUGAAAUCAACCUCUGCAUUGACCUUUAUAUAUCUGUAUAUAUAUAUAUAUAUAGUAUAUGAGGGGAUGUGAUACUUCCAGCAUCAGCUGAACUUUGAAACCUAUCAUCACUGCAGAAGUAAGAAAUCCAUAUCUGCCUUGUACAAACAUACUGACUUAUUGUACUGUAAACACAUUUUCAGUAUUUCAGUCAAUACAGUAUGUGCUGACACUGUGAAAUGUCUCACUGCAAUAAUGAAUUCUGUCUGAAUUGAAAUAAAGUGGUAUUUAAUAAUCACUGUAUAUAUUUUUUUCUUAAAAUUCAAGACUUUUGCACAUGUGAAAUGAUGAAUGAAGAAUCUUCUCUGCCUAGAUGACCAGUGGACUGAGGAAAUCAAUAUUUCACUGACUUGUGGCAAACUAUAAAAAUAAAAGAGUUUUGAUAUAA